AUGAUUCAAUUAGAAAUUGAAAAUUUCUGUGAAUUUAAAACAUCUGUUGCAGUUCUUAUCAAUCAAUCAACUUUAUAUACUAUUGACUCUAUUAGUAGAACUACUCCUAUUCCUAUCGGAGGUUAUAUCUUUGUUACUAUCAUUGCUGACUUAAAAAAGAUUAAUUCAGUUGUUUUGAAAGGUGCUAUUAAAUGUGCUGCUGCUCAGACUUCAUCAAAUAUCGCAAUUAAAAUCCCUGCAUCUACAUUCAUUAUUGGUACUGAACUUUCUAAACCAGAACUUGCCCAAAUUAUUAAAACAAAGAAAAUGAUUUCUAUGGCUUAUUCUGUCCCUGAAGAUACAAAGUUUGACGUUGUAUCAUUGUUUGAAAGUCUUCAACUCCUUGCAGUUAAGGGUUCUGCUAAUAAGAUUUGGUAUGGCAUAACUCUUAAAGGAGAUGACAUCGCUAUUUUACUCACAAACAAACAAGGCAAAAUCGGUUUUGACCUUAAAACCACUGACAAAAUAUGUGGUGAUGCUAUAUUGAAACAAAUCAAAGAAACACUUGGACAACAGUAA